AUGACGACCAGACCCAUCGUGAUGGAGGCGGACUCGGUCACACAGCGGUACCACUUUCGACCUCCGGUUGAGUUUGGCGCGACAAGCUAUAACUAUACCGCUCAGCGGCGUCGCGGUCGUUUCGUGAUCAAGAUGGCGGCCGCCAUGUACCUCGCCACGCUGCCAGCGUACGACACGCCUGGCAAGUGUGCCAAGGCUAUGUCGUACCUCUGGAGCCACCAUCGCCUUGCACUCGAGUACCUGCGCCGCACACAACAACACCAAACACAAGCAGUGAGAGGGGCGGGGGCGCGGUCUUACACCAGUGAAGAGCUGCGAGUGGCCGAGGCCAAGUGGAAGGCGCACUUUGGCGAGCAGGUGCUGCUACCCGAUGGCUUCCAGAGGUCGUGGGACGAGAUUGUUCCAUUUUUUGUGCAAAGCAUACAGGAGUUGGAGCGAGACUUGGCUCUCCCCAAUGCCCAGGGGGACGGCACAGAGAACGGAGGUCUGGCUGUCAAUACAACCGCCAGUGAGGAGGUCGAGGCCGCGGGUCAGUUCUUGGAUCUGACCAAGAUUCAUGCUCGAGCACUUUUCGUUCUUUACGAGAAGACGGUAAGUCAUCUUCGCACGGUUUCGGUCGCGAAGAGCUCCAUGGGGACCCUUAGCACACCGGAGCACCAGCACCUGGCUUCGCGUGGGUGGCUGCCAAUUCACCAGAUCCUGUCUGAAAUCAGUCCAGACCUGGAGGGAGAGCCCGCUCUCAAGGUCCUGUUGGAGUGGAUGAGGGCCCUAGAUGAGAGUCAGAGAGGGACGAUUUACGUGGCUCUUCUAACACCUUUGAACGUUCUGGGGAAGCUGCAGCUGCUGCACGACGGUGACUGGGGCGAAGGCGGUGUGGCGACAGUGACAGCGGAGAUGGCGGAGGCGGCACCCGUUACUCACCUCCGCGCAGCAUGGGGUCACAAGGACGCCGACGUGGCAGCCGCGGUCAUUCAAGAACACAUCCCUGUUCUGCUUAACUCCCUCGUGCACCUCAGUGAGGUGGACAUUGGCGACAGCAGAGCUGUGCCGCAGCCAACAGAUUGUCAUAAGGACCCCGCGAGGGACAAGUGCACCAGCGGCCCAUCAUACUCGUCGUGGUUGGAGUACGUCGCUGACGUCAAGGUUAUUCGGAAGGAGGCGGCGGGCGCGAGCGGUCGCGUGUACCCCCAGUACCGCCCCAUGCAAGUGCUCAUCCCAGAACCCGUCGUCGAUGCGUUGUGCGCACCGCUGCAGCUGGUUCGACUGCAAUACAACACCUCAACCGCCACGGCGCUCACCGAGCUGAUCCAACGCACGAGGGCGCACAAUACCAUGCUUCGUGGUGCUGAUGGCACAGUGGGUAGCAGCAGCGCUAGCGGACUAGCCAAGGUCACUUUCGCCGAGCUCCUAGCGCUGCUACAGCCGCCCAGCGGCUUCUGCGUUGCGGUCUUUCUCGCCGCCAUGACCGGCCAUGCUGCGCGGCUAGCCUUCUUGCCCGUCUCCACGGAGUACUUCGCAGCGCAGGACCAAGCUGUCAGCGGCUGGUACAUGCCGGUGCACAUGCUGCGUGUUAGCCCGCGCAGUGCGAACGGCGAGGGGCGUGGCAGCGAUAGUCUGACUGGUGCGGCCAUGUUGCCACCGUCUCUCAUGCGUGGGGCCACAGCGGUCGCUGCGCCUGAAACGACCAUGAACCUUUUCGUGUGUCCCUGCGCGCUGACGAGCGGCGUCCUAUGGCUUGGUGAUGAGGCAGCGCCUGCAACACCGACCCGGUCAUCCUUUCGACCGCUUCAGCCUCCAGUGGGCUGCGUGGUGGACUUUGACCUGCUGUACGGCAUUCAUACCGAUAGUAAGUCCGGCUCCAAAGCCGUGACGGUGCGGCGCCCGCAGACGGAGCGCAUAGUCAACCUGCGCAUCGCGUCCCUCUGGGAUAUUUGGUGCUGGUACGGCUUCCAGACAGCGUCAGGUGGGCACCUCACUGCUACUGAUGCGGAUGCGACGACGCCACCGCAGCGCCUGAUGGUCACGGAGAGGAUAGGGGUGGUGCUGGGGCCCAAACAUCACCAGCCGCCGCCAUAUCUGGUGAGCAGGGCUCAGGGUACUGAACCACCGCCUUCACCGACUGCCGAGGUAGUUCCACGCGAGGAAGGAGAGGAGGCAUUUUGCCAGUCUGAUAACAACCAGAGCGAUAGAGCGCCGGCGACGGAUGACGCCGCUUUGCUGCCGGUGCGUGUGCUCUUGGCUGAAAAUUCAGAGACACGGAUUCCUGUCGCUGCCGCCGAGAGCCUCGCUUCUGAGUGCUCUCCGCUGAUGCACCGACUGCCGUGGGAGUUCUUUCCGGUGGCAGAGGCGGAGAGCACGAUUCUUCGCUUGGACGCCGUGUACAGAGCGGAGCUGCGCUGCUCGUGCGAGCGGUGGCGUUCUCAGUACCUAGAACUUCUUCGACCGUUGCAGCGAGGCGGGAAUGAGGAAGAAGCUGUUCAUGGCAUCCAGGGCAGCGAGCGCAGCACGGUUGAUGCCAGGGUGGAGCAGCAAGCAUCCUGGCGCGCUUGUACUGCUGUGAGUGCGCGCGAGAGGGCACUCUGGAGUGGACUGUCUGCGUGGAUGAAGCGGCUGGACCAUGAGUGCGCGCUACCGUCCUUCUCUCUGCUACUGCCACCAGAUGUAGUUCUCGGGGUAUCCAACACAAACAAGGAUGCCAGGCGCUUGUGCUCAGUGGGGCGCAAGAAGGCUCUGGCCGCGCUGCGGCGCCUCGUGAGUACGGUCGAUGCCCCGUCUCUCUUUUACUUCAAUACCGAGGUGCCCUUCAUUCCUCCUCUCAAUCCCGAGGAGCAUCGCAUGUGGGUGGUGGAGAACGAGGCAGCGUGGCAACCCGACACAGUUGUGGACGCAUCGCUGUCCACCAGUGCUGCCAGUAGAGGCGGUGGCUGUUGGACCAUCGCUGCCCACCCGGAGGUGCUCCUCGCUGCGGUACGCGAUGAGGACGGCGAAGAGAUUGUGCACAUGUAUGUGCGCCAGGCAUGCGUGUUGCUGCGUUCGCGCACCCACAGAGCGCUGGCGGCCGUGGUGGAGGCGGACUUGAGCACAACACGGCGGAGCGGCGUGCGGGAUAGGCACAAGGAGGCGCUUCGGCUGUGUCGCUUUUCUCGCCCUCCCACCGGACCAGGUGGCGGCAACGCCUCCCACUUCGGCGAGUCGCUGGAGGAGUUGGCGGUGCACGCCGCCCUGCGCCACGGCCACAGCGGGUGCCGCAUCACACCUCUGGCAUGUGACGAGAUCGUUCUGGGUGCUGCGUGGCCUGCCGAGUACAUUGUCGAGUACGCGCUCCUUCCUCCAUUACAGGAAGCCCUGGAGGUGUACUGUGCAAAGAAGAGGGCUGAGGUGGAGGUCACGACGGCGCGCCAACUCCGCGCGGACCCAGACGUGGGGAGCGCAGGCGCCAGCGGUGUUUACAAUGCCAUGCUGAUCGCUGCAGCUCCUGGCGCGGCGGCGCUGCAGGUCAUGAUGGAGGACCUCCAUCGAGAGCUGCUCCUCGUCCUAACCGACGAAGCGGCUAUGGAGGUGUGUGAGUUCUACGGAGACGCGCUUGUGGACUACUGCGCCGCCGUCACCACUCUCUCCUACCGCUUUGCGUCGUCCAACUUUUCGAUCUGGCGAGGUGGCAACAUCACGGACUCCAGCACCAACGAGGCACUCGUUGAGAGCGUGCUGCCAGCGGUGCUGAGGCGCUACUGGAUGUCACGGCGGCGUAUCUGCAACAGCAAGCGCCUGGCGGACUGCGUAGAGAGCUUGUUUGGCGCUCUGGUCAAGUCUCUCUGGGUAUACCCGCUGCAGCGCAUGGUUGCGCACCGCGCUGGCGAGGGGGCGUCUCAGUUGCACUCCUCCAUUGCCUGUGGGACUGCGCGCGUAGGUGCCGAUGCAGUGGUGCCACCUGAUGCAGACAUGCUUGUGUACGUGGCGUCUGCCCUUCUCGAACUGCUGAGCGGUGGCCACUAG